AUGAGCCUCGGUCGUUUUGCCACAACUUCUAUUGAACGACCUACAAACGCUCCGCUGCGCGCUCGACCGUUUCAGUGUUUUUACAACAUCAACGAAUCCUGCAAAAAUGGCACUGUGGGAACCUGUACUUUUCGCAUCUCCUGCAGCAACACCCGCGUAUGUGGCGUUCGUCGAAGGUCGUGCCCGGCACCGCCUGCAUCAGUUGGAACACUUGGCGUUAAGGCAAGCCGAAGGCCGGGCAGCUGCCGUCGCACGGGAUACCACCAAGACAGCGGAGAUCUUAGGAAGAGGCGCUCUUUUGCAGCAGGACAUAAGCGAGCUCACCGAUUUUCUCGACCUGCAUCACAAAUGUAUUCGACAUGCAAAAGCGGGAAAGUUCUGCUGCGGCGAUUACCACGGCAGCCGAGACAGCUACUAUUGCUGGUUCCCGGCUGUGCGACGGAGGCCGGACUACAUAAGCGACGGCGAGGACGACAGGACCCCUGCGGGAGCAGACCGCGAGCCUCCUCUUCCCGACCACGAAGAUCUUGUUGA